AUGAAUUCUGUUCACGUCAAAGUGGAGGACUCGAGUGACGUUCUUGCCGGGAGCGCUCGCGGCCAAAAUGUGCAAUUCUAUGGGCCUCCACAACCCGGGUACGGAGUCUUGAGACAUCCAACAUCGGUUUCUCGAGAGCAAAGCGGAAAUGCGAAUAUGCGUCCCUUUCCAGCACAUCAACAAAGCUUGCCAGCUGGAGGUCCUAAUGGACAUGCCUCGGGCCCAGAUUCGGUGCCACUGCUACCACCUCACCCCGCAAACUACCAGAUGAAUAAUGGUAUGUCAGACCCCUCACUGCAGGAGUAUUUGUCGCCAUUUUUCCAACCUUACGGCGUGGACGUUUCUCAUUUUCCGCUCACAAAUCCGCCGAUAUUCCAGAGCUCUCUUACAAAUUUCUCCGACCAUCCCAGAAGACGUAGAAUAUCCAUUUCUAACGGUCAGAUAAGUCAACUGGGCGACGCCACGCAUUCUUUUGACGAUUUGUACUAUAGCCAGCCCCCACCGAUGCCUAUAAGGCAUGAGCACAAGAAUUCUGCCACCGAAAACAAGAGUGGAUCUUAUCCUCAGCAGCAUUCACAGCCGCCUCAGCCCCCUCAGCCAGCCCAGCCAGUGCAAAUGGCGCACCAACAUCUGCAAACACCAGCAGUAUCAGCGACACAACACCAUUCACAGCCGCAGCAAUCUUAUCAAACAAGCCAGGGGCCUGGGUCGAAGGAUUACAAUAUACACGCUCUCACACCAAAACUGGAUGACGAAGUGGACCCCACAGACCCAAUUAUUCACGAAGGGUAUAAUGGCAAGGAUGUGACGGAGUAUAAAAAUCCUGUGCAGGCAAACGCAAUGAUACCGCAAUCUCUGGAUAACGUAUACCCUACCAUGCGACACGGGGUUCUGCCUGGAACGCCAGCAUGGAAAAGAGCAAGACUUUUGGAAAGAAACCGGAUCGCUGCUUCCAAGUGUAGGCAGCGAAAAAAAUUUGCGCAUCAACAGCUCCAGGAAGAUGCUGAAUUACUCUCUCGUGAAAAUAUGGAGAUGCGCAAACGUCUCCAGUACUUUGAGAGACUGGUACUUAAAUUUAAGCGGUUCACAGAAAUGCAUAUGGCUUCAUGCGGCGGGUCCGAACAGCUUAGCAUGUUUGAGGAGCUACUUAAGAUAGACCACAACAUGACAGAUUCGGGACCCCCAACGGGCUCCGAUACAAAUGAUAUGAGCGAUUCGUGA